CGUGAGCACCGACAAAAAGAGGCUGCUGCACACGCACAGCCAGAGCGCGAGGCCUCGACAGACGUCAGGAAUUCCGAAUUUCCCCCAAGUCAGCCGCUCGCCAGUCAUAUUCGCUUGCUGGUGCCGAAGUCUAACAACCGACUGCCUCCACCUCCGCCUGUGUUGUUGGCCUGCCCCCAGCAGGUCUCGCGGAAACCACCAUUUCCCCAUUCAAACCUCCCUCACGGCCGUGUCGACAUCUGCGAAUGCAAGCCGAGUAGCAGGACAAUGUCGACGCCGACCACUGCAACAGCAACGCUGCCACACUAUAACCACUUUCCCUAUUCGCACCACCACCCGCACCCAGCCUACCCGCAGCCAAAUACCUCUCCAUACCGCCCGGGCAACCCAAUCCUCCCCGCCGCCUCAAGGCUCGGCUAUCCAUCACCUGCCAGCUAUCCGGCUCCCUCGAGCCACGGCGCGUCAAAUGGAAUAAGCCUGCUGUCAUCGGAAGCCGCCCGACCGCUACCGCAAGAACCCACGACUCUGGCUUCACGGUCGGAGACCAGCUACGCAGCCAUGCCAACGGUCGCCCAGACCCAGGCCCUACCCGAACCCCAGCCUACCCGCAAGAGGAGACGGUCGAGAGAACCCGACUGGAGCAGUUUCUACCGAAAUGGCCUACCCAAGGAAAUUAUCGUCAUUGACGACACUCCGGAUCCCGAGGGACCUGGCGCCACAAGUGUCUCAUCCCAAACCCUGACAAAUGGCCACUCGAAUGGCAUCCCAACUGUUUCGUCAACCCAAGGCUCGGCUCGCCAUCUGGCCAAGAAACGGAAACGAGACGAUGAGCUGGCCCACUACGACCCGGUUCAUCACAAUAAUAUUGCGGCAUCACACACACACACCCUUCGCCAGCAUCCAUCACCAAGCAAGUCCACCGUGUCAACCGACCGGACAAGCUCGGCCAUACACACGACGGCGGCCACGUCCUUGGGCUCGCUCUCAUCCAACAGCCAGUACGACUAUAGCACACAGCCUGGCCAGAAGAGAAAGCGAACAACCCGACAGCAGAUUGCCAACGAGGCGAGACGGCGAGAGGCACAAGUAGUAAACAUUGAUCCCUUCGCCAGCUACCGGCCGCCCCCAUACCCCCCAAAGAAAGCCAAUGAAGUGCACGUCAAGGUCAUAACCGACCACUCGCACAAUAGGAACGUUCGCGUCGAUGACGACGAUGGGCAUUACAUUGUGGUGCCCGAUAACGAUCUAACCGAGAGAUACCAAAUGAUCAAGCUUCUCGGCCAGGGCACGUUCGGCAAAGUCGUGCAAGCCAGAGAUAAACGGCGCAACAAGCUGGUUGCCAUCAAGAUCAUUCGAUCGGUCCAGAAAUACCGCGACGCGAGCAAGAUCGAGCUUCGGGUUCUAGCAACUCUCAAAGCCAACGACGAGGAGAACCGAAACCGCUGCAUCCAUCUCCGAGACUGCUUCGACUUCCGAGGCCAUAUUUGCAUUGUGAUGGAUCUCCUGGGGCAGAGCGUGUUUGAUUUUCUUAAGAGCAAUCAAUUUGUUCCAUUCCCCAACAGCCAGAUCCAGAACUUUGCCCGCCAACUCUUCACCAGCGUGGCUUUUCUCCAUGACCUGAACCUGAUACAUACGGACCUCAAGCCAGAGAACAUUUUACUCUGCCACAACGACUACCAGACGUUUACGUACAACCGCAAGAUUCCCUCAUCGUCUUCUACCAUCGCCCGUCUGGCCACACAGAGAAGAGUCCUUCUAGAUACGGAGAUCCGGCUCAUCGAUUUUGGCUCGGCGACCUUCCAGGACGAAUAUCACUCGUCCGUCGUAUCGACGCGCCACUACCGUGCCCCCGAGAUCAUUCUCGGGCUUGGAUGGUCCUAUCCUUGUGACAUUUGGAGCAUCGGGUGCAUCUUGGUUGAGUUCUUCACCGGUGAUGCUUUGUUUCAGACGCACGAUAACCUGGAGCAUCUUGCGAUGAUGGAGGCUGUGGUCAACGCUAGAAUCGACACUAGUCUGGUCCAGCAAGUAGGCCGGGUUACUAGGAAUGGCGGAAACCCCGCGUCCAAAUACUUCAAGCGCACCAAGCUUGACUAUCCUACGACGGAAACAACUCGAGCAUCUCGGAGAUUUGUUAAAGCCAUGAAGAGAUUAGACGAGAUAAUACCCGCGAGCAAUCCGUUCCUUGAGUCGUUCUUGGAUCUUCUCAAGAAGAUAUUCGUUUACGACCCCAAUAGACGGAUCACGGCGAAGGGGGCGCUACAACACCCUUGGUUUAGCGAAGCCGCUCAACAAGACGACGGAACCGAAGCGGCACGGAUUCGCGCCGAGAAAUCUGGCUCUGUUGUCAGCCAUUUAAGCGCCUCGGAUGGACGAGGACUACGACGAUGAACAACCAAUCUGCUUGCGAUGGUUUCUGCAUAGCUAGAGUGUUUUUGUUUUGUAGGGCAAACAGGCCAACAAAACAUGCCCGACUGCGCGGCGACCCGGUAUUAUUGAUAUUAUGGCUCAUGGUAUGCAUCGCUUGAAAGGGACGGUGCUAGUGUUUUGGCGAACUGGGAACAAAUAGGAGGAGUCGGUUUUUCUAGUGUCAUUUCUUCGGGCUUUAUUUUCGUUCCUGGUACCUGGGUGGCAUCAUAAUGGAACAUGGGACGCAAGUUACGAUUUCAUAGCGAACUAUGUGUCCGGCGCCUACGGGUUAUUCUGAAGUCGUGGAGGGAGGGCUUGAGAGAUACCACUCCGACUUACAUAGU